AUGGCUUCCUCGAUCAAUACUUUUCUCCCUGAGGGGAACGACGGCACGUCACCUCGGCGAGCAGAGCAACACGAUUCAAGUGCCCUGCCCAUCAAGACGACGACGACGACGACAGAGUCGCCGCCCAUCAAGGUCCUUGUUGCCCAUGAUAAUAAAAUCAGCCAAAGGAUAUUUUCCAAGUACUUCAAACUUGUGGGCCACGACAUCGAAGUCGUAUCCGACGGCAAAGAAGCUUUCGAGACUUACAAGAGGAACCCCGAGAGUUACCAAGGCAUCCUGAUGAAAACUGCCAUGCCAGUCAUGAACGGCAUAGAAUCCACGAGACUCAUUCGCGAGUUCGAACGGGAGAACAAUCUGGAACCGUGCAGCAUCGUGUGGACUGUGGCUUGUGCGCUAUCGACACGCAAGGACUUGGUGCAAAAGUAUGCCGUCAACGACACAUUAAGGUGGCCUGCGAAGAUGGGCGAAUUCGUCCGCAUCCUAAAUGGAGCGGGCAUCCCAACAGCGCUCCCAGAGGCGUACAAACCAUAA